AAUAAUUCAACAUUGUUAAACUUUGUGAUCAAGAUAAAGAGUUAUAUAACUAUAACAAGUAGGUAAAACAUCGAUUUAUAAUGUAUAUGUGAAAAAUAAUACUUUGAGUAUGAAAAUGCUAAAUUAUCACUUUUAAAGCUGUAAGAUUGAUAAUCUUUAAAUCAACUUUCUUUAAGCUUAAUGAACUUAAUAAUAGAUUUGGAUACAGAAGAAUAAGAAAAGUUUGAGUUUUUAGCAAAAGAUUUUACAGAGAUUCAUAUGCAGUACUUCUGGUUUACAAAAACUCUAAAUCUGUUGUAAAAUCAACAGAUUGGAUUAAUAAACUAAAUAAAUAUAGUUAAAAUGCAUUUAUAUUUAUGGAUAAACUUAACUAAAUCUAUAAUUACCAGUAAAAUAAAUCAAGUUGAUAAAGAAUAAAAUAAGGAAAAAUAUGGCAUCAUUGAAUUAUUUGAUUAGUAGAUAGAGAAAUACUAAAAAAGAAUAAGAAAAUUAGAGUUAUAUAAUAUAAUAGUCUUUUCUAAUAUAUCUAAUAGUCUUUUCAAAAUAAUACUAAAACUAUAGUUUAAUUAUCAUUUCUUCUAAAGGUCCUAAUUUUUCUCAAUCCUCUUUCUAUAAUUCAAACUUAAUGUUUAUUUAGACGUAUCUAAAGAACCAAUAAUUUCUUCUAAUUUUUUUUGA